CUAAAACCCUUUAGUUCUACAGCUCACCCAUUUCUCACUCUCUUCUUCGAAUCCUAAACCCUAAACCCAUUUCUUCUGUCUUCCUCCAGAAGAAACACCGCUAGGAAAAAUGAAUUUUAAUGCCGCGAAAGUUCCGAAGGUGCCAGGAGGCGCCGCCGCCUCGGCUUUGAUUAAGCUUGGUGUUAUUGGUGGGCUUACUGUUUAUGCGGCUGCUAAUAGUCUUUACAAUGUUGAGGGAGGGCAUCGUGCCAUCAUGUUUAACCGUAUAACUGGUGUUAAAGAUAAGGUUUAUCCUGAGGGAACACACUUUAUGGUUCCAUGGUUCGAACGCCCAGUCAUUUAUGAUGUUCGGGCACGACCUCAUCUUGUGGAGAGUACAUCUGGGAGCCGUGAUCUCCAGAUGGUUAAAAUUGGCCUUCGAGUUCUCACUCGUCCUGUGGCAAGCCAUCUACCUUCAAUUUACCGCACUCUUGGUGAAAACUACAAUGAGAGAGUUCUGCCUUCUAUCAUUCAUGAAACAUUGAAAGCUGUGGUUGCACAGUAUAAUGCAAGUCAACUCAUUACUCAAAGAGAGGCUGUCAGUAGAGAAAUACGGAAAAUUUUGACCGAAAGGGCAUCCAAUUUUAACCUUGCUUUGGAUGAUGUGUCCAUUACAACCUUGACUUUUGGGAAAGAAUUUACUGCUGCAAUAGAAGCCAAACAGGUGGCUGCACAAGAAGCAGAGAGAGCUAAAUUCAUUGUCGAAAAAGCUGAACAAGACAAGAAAAGUGCUGUGAUCAGAGCAGAGGGAGAGGCCACUAGUGCUCAGCUGAUAGGUCAAGCCAUUGCCAACAAUCCUGCAUUUAUCACACUUAGAAAGAUCGAAGCCGCUCGAGAAAUUGCGCAUACAAUUGCAAAUUCAUCCAAUAAGGUCUUCCUUAAUUCAGAAGAUUUACUGCUCAACCUUCAAAAGAUGGAGUUAGAAGUCCAAGGCAAGAAAUAAAUCUCGGUAAUGCUCUUUUUCUCAGAGUGUUGAUCGAAAGUUUUUACCGAUAAACUGAAUGGUAGAGUAAAUGUGGGAAAAAUAUUAUCUUGUUCAUCCCUCUCUUUUGGUGGACUGUCAUUUGAAACAAGGGAUAAAUUUGGCUAAGAAACUACUGUGAAGUGACAUGAAGCUACCUUGGAUAUUUCCAUUGAAAUGCAUAAUCAGCUGAAUGAUCUUUUCUUGUGUCA